CUGUAGCGGCCGCGACCUGGGCGGGCGGACUAGUGUGACGGGCCUCUGGGCCGCUGUGGAUGGUUUCUAAAAUGAUCAUUGAAAACUUCGAGGCCCUCAAGUCCUGGCUCAGCAAGACUCUCGAGCCCAUCUGUGAUGCAGAUCCAUCAGCCCUGGCAAAAUAUGUUCUCGCUUUGGUAAAGAAAGACAAAAGUGAAAAAGAGUUAAAGGCGUUAUGUAUUGAUCAACUGGAUGUAUUUCUUCAGAAAGAGACACAGAUAUUUGUGGAAAAACUUUUUGAUGCUGUGAAUACAAAGAGUUAUCUACCUCCUCCAGAGCAGCCAUCAUCAGGAAGCUUAAAGGUAGAAUUUUUUCAGCACCAAGAAAAAGAUAUAAAAAAAGAAGAGAUCACAAAAGAGGAAGAGCGAGAGAAGAAGUUUUCUAGAAGGCUAAAUCACAGUCCUCCUCAGUCAAGCUCCCGAUACAGAGAAAAUAGAAGUCGUGAUGAGAGGAAAAAAGAUGAUCGUUCUCGCAAAAGAGAUUAUGAUCGAAACCCUCCUCGAAGAGAUUCAUACAGAGACCGGUACAAUAGAAGACGAGGGCGAAGUCGCAGUUACAGCAGGAGUCGGAGUCGAAGUUGGAGUAAAGAGCGGCUUCGUGACAGGGAUAGAGACAGAAGCAGGACUAGAAGCAGAAGCAGGACGCGGAGCAGGGAAAGGGAUCUGGUAAAACCUAAAUAUGACCUGGAUAGAGCAGAUGCAUUAGAAAACAAUUAUACUCCAGUCUCUUCGGUACCUAAUAUUUCAUCUGGCCACUACCCUGUACCUACUUUGAGCAGCACUAUUACAGUAAUUGCUCCUACUCAUCAUGGUAAUAAUACUACCGAAAGUUGGUCUGAAUUCCAUGAAGACCAAGUGGACCAUAACUCAUAUGUAAGACCACCAAUGCCAAAGAAACGGUGUAGAGACUAUGAUGAAAAGGGUUUCUGUAUGAGAGGAGACAUGUGCCCUUUUGAUCAUGGAAGUGACCCGGUAGUUGUAGAAGAUGUCAAUCUUCCUGGUAUGCUGCCUUUCCCAGCACAGCCUCCUGUUGUUGAAGGACCACCUCCUCCUGGACUCCCUCCACCACCACCAAUUCUUACACCCCCACCUGUGAAUCUGAGACCCCCAGUGCCACCGCCAGGCCCAUUACCACCCAGUCUACCACCUGUCACAGAUGAUAUUUCUUAUUCUUUGGUUUUGACAGGACCACCACCUCCACUUCCUCCUUUGCAACCAUCUGGCAUGGAUGCUCCCCCAAACUCUGCAACCAGCUCUGUUCCUACUGUGGUAACAACUGGCAUCCAUCACCAGCCUCCUCCCGCUCCACCCUCUCUUUUUACUGCAGAUACAUAUGACACAGAUGGCUACAAUCCUGAAGCCCCAAGCAUAACAAACACUUCCAGACCAAUGUAUCGACACAGAGUGCAUGCGCAAAGGCCUAACUUGAUAGGACUGACAUCAGGGGAUAUGGAUUUGCCACCCAGAGAAAAGCCUCCUAAUAAAAGCAGUAUGAGGAUAGUAGUGGAUUCAGAGUCAAGGAAAAGAACCAUUGGUUCUGGGGAGCCUGGAGUUCCUACAAAGAAGACUUGGUUUGAUAAACCAAAUUUUAAUAGAACAAACAGCCCAGGCUUCCAGAAAAAGGUUCAGUUUGGAAAUGAAAAUACCAAACUUGAACUUAGAAAAGUUCCUCCAGAAUUAAAUAAUAUCAGCAAACUUAAUGAGCAUUUUAGUCGAUUUGGAACCUUGGUUAACUUACAGGUUGCCUAUAAUGGUGAUCCUGAAGGUGCCCUUAUCCAAUUUGCAACAUAUGAAGAAGCAAAGAAAGCAAUAUCAAGUACAGAAGCAGUGCUAAAUAAUCGCUUUAUUAAGGUUUAUUGGCACAGAGAAGGAAGCACCCAGCAGUUACAAACUACUUCUCCAAAAGUAAUGCAGCCUUUAGUCCAGCAGCCCAUUUUGCCUGUUGUGAAGCAGUCAGUCAAAGAGCGGUUGGGUCCGGUACCUUCAAGUACUAUUGAACCAGCAGAAGCCCAGAGUGCCAGUUCAGAACUUCCUCAGAAUGUAACUAAGUUAUCUGUGAAGGACAGGUUGGGUUUUGUAUCAAAGCCAUCUGUUUCAGCAACUGAAAAGGUGUUGUCUACAUCUACUGGCCUAACAAAAACGGUGUAUAAUCCAGCUGCUUUGAAGGCUGCACAAAAAACCUUACUUGUUUCCACCUCUGCAGUUGAUAAUAAUGAAGCACAGAAAAAAAAACAGGAGGCACUGAAACUUCAGCAGGAUGUAAGGAAAAGAAAACAAGAAAUUUUAGAAAAGCACAUUGAAACACAGAAGAUGUUAAUUUCAAAACUGGAGAAAAACAAAGCAAUGAAGUCUGAAGAUAAAGCAGAAAUAAUGAAAACUUUAGAGGUUUUGACAAAAAAUAUUACCAAGUUGAAAGAUGAGGUCAAAGCUGCUUCUCCGGGACGCUGUCUUCCAAAAAGUAUAAAAACCAAGACUCAGAUGCAGAAAGAAUUACUUGACACAGAACUGGAUUUAUAUAAGAAGAUGCAAGCUGGAGAAGAAGUCACUGAACUUAGGAGAAAGUAUACCGAAUUACAGCUGGAGGCUGCGAAACGAGGGAUUCUUUCAUCUGGUCGUGGUAGAGGAAUUCAUUCAAGAGGUCGAGGGGCAGCUCACGGCCGAGGCAGGGGUCGAGGUCGAGGUCGAGGUGUGCCUGGUCAUGCUGUGGUGGAUCACCGUCCCAGGGCAUUGGAGAUUUCUGCAUUUACAGAGAGUGAUAGAGAAGAUCUUCUUCCUCAUUUUGCGCAAUAUGGUGAAAUUGAAGAUUGUCAGAUUGAUGACUCUUCACUUCAUGCAGUAAUUACAUUCAAGACGCGAGCAGAAGCUGAAGCAGCUGCAGUUCAUGGAGCUCGUUUCAAAGGGCAGGAUCUAAAACUGGCUUGGAAUAAACCAAUAACUAAUAUUUCAGCUGUUGAAACAGAAGAAGUUGAACCUGAUGAAGAGGAACAGAGAGAGAUCAUCAUUGCCUGAAUUUAGCUUUGUGACUACAACAGCAAGACCUGUUCCUGUCUGGAGACGACUGUUAUAAUAAUAUGAUACUAUCGUUUUAUGUUUGCCCUUUAUCAUUUUGAAUAGAUGUUUACAUGUACCAUAAUUAGCAUUUUAUCUUUACAGUUCUUUUAGGGUACAUCUGAGUCCAGAAGUAAAUCUGACUGUGUGCUUUGUCUGACCUUAUUCUUAAAUGUUUUCUCCCCUUUAUAGCCAUUUAUUUUUAAACAGUCUAAGAAGGAUAAAAAAGAAAAUCCCCUUGGUUUUCCUAACAUGAGAUAAGUUUUCAAUCUCAGCCAAAUUGAAAUUGUGUCUAGGAAGUCUAUAAAGCCAUGAUACUAUGUUCAUUAGCAUGAACAAUUUAGAAUGAUGAAAAUGAUUAAAAAGUUAAACCUUGGUUUGGCUUUAAUUUUCCUGGGUUUUUAGGAUACAUUUCUGGAGUUAGGAUAGUCACUUAAAAUAAUUUUGAGCAAUUAGUAAAAUACUUUUUUCACAUGGUGAUAACUUGCCUGUUUCUUCUAAAUAUACUUAUUGAAGUCGCUGCCAAGGCCACUUACCCAAAUAAUUUUUUUUUUCCAAAUAAUUAAAAAAAAAAUUCUUAACUCUUCAAAAUAAACAAGGAGAAUAAUUUUCUUUCUUUUCAAGUAGUAUAAAAUGAUCUGUGGAUUAUAAAUAUUGAGAAAUAUCUAUUAAAUGUCUGAUUUACACAGUUUUUCCUUAUUUUCCUCAGUUGCAACCAAGACAAUUUUAAAAGCAAGGGGAAAUAGUGUUGUGUGUGUCUAGCAUUGUUAAAACUAUAGUUUUCCUGCCUUAAAAGGUGUAUGUCCGUAUUAUUUAUUUAUAAGCAAUAUGGCUUGGAAUUAUUUAUAAAGAGUGUGAUUAAAUUUUAUUCUAAAUAUUCACCCAAAAUACCCUCUUUAUAAUGGGCACCGUAAAGUUUUCAGAAAAUUAAUUUCUUAGUAUUCCUUCAUAGAUUCUCAUAAGCAUUUGAGAAGUCAGAAGUUACACUUGAUAGCAACUCUUAUUAGAAAAGUCCAAAUUAUACUUGAUUCUUUCCUCCCUUGUUUUUUUUUUUUUUUUUAGUUCCAUUCAGCCAUGCUCAUAUUUUCACCUUUUUGUACAAAGUUAACUAUUCUGCAAGCACUUUUUCUUGAGUAUGCAUUGUAUUUGUCUUCAUGAAAAAAAGAAUGAACCCGUCAGACAUAAUGGAAGUUAUCUAUUUUGAUCCAUGUUAGUUGGAGACAGCAUGGUUAAUGUAGGCUUGGUUUAAAGGAAGGUCUUCUUAACAUAAUUAUGACCUUACAGCCUACAGGGCAUUUUAAAAAUUGGACUUCUCUUUUAGUUCACAUUUGCGAACAAACAUAUAGCUGCUGGGAGUUCACAAAUAUUUUCCCAGAUUAGUUUAGUAGUUUUUUCUUUUUAAGGAAAGAUUCUCUGCCUGUGUAAUAGAAUAGUUCUAACCUACUGGGCUAAAAACCCAAAGAACAUUCUCUGAAGAGACCAUACUUGCUGUUAACAGUUUUGGUUAAUAGAUGUGGAUCAUAUCCCACCACUCUCAAUUUUAUUUUCUCAUCUUCCUCCCCCGCUGCCCCUUGCUUUUAAAUUAAAAACAAAAUAAAUUGAACAUGCCAUUGGGAAUCAGAAGUCGAGAUGAUUUAAUUCUCAUUGAGAUCAUUGUAUUUUUUGAAAAUUGCUGUGAGAUCUGGUAGGUCAGGUACAUAUUUGAGUUCCCAUAUGUUUAUUAAUUAAAAAUAGGGAUUUUCAUUAUUUCAUUUUCCUGAAGAGGAUUCUUAUGGAGCUAUGUGUAGAUAACUGUACAGAAUCACUUUUGUGUAAUUGAGUGAAGCAGUUUACCUCUGCAUGAUUGCAUUAUGGAAGCCUUUUAUAUAUCUUUAUAUUUUUCAAUAUACUUAGAUUUUACACUGUUAGCUGCCCUAGUCAUGCUAUAUUUGUUUUUUUUUUAAUAGAGUUUAUAAAUAUUUGUGCUCAAAAUACAGAUCAAUUGAAUAUUUUUGGUCUUGUUUACAAGAUAAAUAAUACUUUAAAGUGAUGCAGCCCCUCAAGUGUCUUAGGAAAAAGUCAUUGGUGCUACAAAACCUUUCAAUAUCAUUUUUCAACCUGUUAUCUAGACUUUGCUAGGCUUAAAUCUAUGAUUGCUUAUAACUUAAUCUAAUCUAGCAGCAUAAUUAUAAAAGUGGUCUGUGGUGAGUCGGGUAAAGAGCCCCGCCAAUUAGAAACAUCCCAUAAUUUAAAGAUAAGAUGGAGAAUGACAUUAUACUAAUUUGUGUCCAGCUUCCCCAAAAGAAAAUAGUUUCUUCAGUUUUUCAUUAGCUCUUUUGAUAAAAGGAGUGGUAUUAAUAUGACUAGAAUAAAAAAAAUGAUACAUUCAGCAUGGCUCAGUUUUUCCACAUUUCAAAUGGAAAACUUUUCUAGUCCUAAAAUAUGGUGUAAUCCUGUUCUGCUUUAAAUUCCCAUCUGUCUUUUACUCAACAGGAGGCAGGGUAAUUCUUAAAUAUUUAUAGAACAUUUGAUGAGUUCUAAAGAGGUAUUAUUUACAUUGUACAAGUUUUGUGUUAAUGUGCAGAUUGUUUUCUACAUCUGCAAGACUUCAUUCCAGCACCUUAGUGAAUGUUCUUAAGAUACAAUUUUUAAGUAUCAGCAAAGCAUUCAUAGAUGUUUACUUUUGAUUCUCAGAAUCCUGAACCUGUUUUGAGUAUGAUGUUACUUCACAACAUGUCUGGCACAAGAUUUCCUUUAAUAGUGGUUUAGUUUAACUCAAUUUCUGUGGAUUGUUGAACCGAAAAACACCAAAGGAGUUCUUUCUUGUCUGGAGACUGGAUUGUUCCAGUUUUUAAUACCUGUGCCCAUAAGUAUCCCAUUUCACGAAUGUGUGUUGGCAUGGGGGAAAAAUUCCCUGCUCUUUGAGUGGAGCGAAAGUAAUUGGUUAAGCUGUAGCAGCUUUUUUUGUUUAUUUUUUAAAGUGAUAAUAAAACUUGAACUGAAAAUGGUAAAACUUGAACUAGAAAACUACUCUUGUAUGCUUAGAAUGUUUAUAGUAUUACGUGUUUAUGUGAGGUUGUCAACAUUUUCAUUAUUUAUAGUUGAAUUAUGUUGUUUUGUUUGUUAAAUAUCCAUAAUGUUUAUUAUUUUUAUAUUUUGAAAAAUUUUAAAAUAAAAUAGUCUUACUAAAAGCAGUUGUUAACUUUUUAAAAUUGUCUUGCAUUUUGCAUCAAUUAUAGUAAUAUAGAAUAGAAAGGAAAACUUGCAGCCCUCGGGCACUGCACAAGUAGAAACAUAAAGUGCUUAUACUGUCAACUUCCAAAGCCAAUGAAAGUUUUUGGAACUUCCCUCCAUAAUUUUCAGUUUUCAUCUGAACAUUUCUUCUCCUGAUCUAAUUUGAUAUACUUUU